AUGACCUCGCUGACCCAGCGCAGCUCGGGCCUGGUGCAGCGGCGCACCGAGGCCUCCCGCAACGCGGCCGACAAGGAGCGGGCGGCGGGCGGCGGCGGCGGCAACGGCGAGGACGACGCGCAGAGCCGCCGCGACGAGCAGGACGACGACGACAAGGGCGACUCCAAGGAAACGCGGCUGACCCUGAUGGAGGAGGUGCUCCUGCUGGGCCUCAAGGACCGAGAGGGUUACACAUCAUUUUGGAAUGACUGUAUAUCAUCUGGAUUACGUGGCUGUAUGUUAAUUGAAUUAGCCUUGAGAGGAAGGUUACAACUAGAGGCUUGUGGAAUGAGACGGAAAAGUCUAUUAACAAGAAAGGUCAUCUGUAAGUCAGAUGCUCCAACAGGGGAUGUUCUUCUUGAUGAAGCUCUAAAGCAUGUUAAGGAGACUCAGCCUCCAGAAACAGUCCAAAACUGGAUUGAAUUACUUAGCGGUGAAACAUGGAAUCCAUUAAAAUUGCAUUAUCAGUUAAGAAACGUACGGGAACGAUUAGCUAAAAACCUGGUGGAAAAGGGUGUAUUGACAACAGAGAAACAGAACUUCCUACUUUUUGACAUGACGACACAUCCCCUCACCAACAACAACAUCAAGCAGCGCCUCAUCAAGAAGGUCCAAGAAGCCGUUCUUGACAAAUGGGUCAAUGACCCGCACCGCAUGGACAAGCGCCUGCUGUCCCUUAUUUACCUAGCCCAUGCCUCGGAUGUCCUGGAGAACGCUUUUGCUCCUCUUCUGGACGAGCAGUAUGAUUUAGCCACCAAGAGAGUGCGGCAGCUCCUCGAUUUAGACCCGGAGGUGGAAUGUCUGAAGACUAGCACCAACGAGGUCCUGUGGGCGGUGGUGGCUGCGUUCACCAAGUAACUGCUUGGGAAGAAAGCCUUCUCUUCUUUCUCUUGUCAAUCAGUUGUUUUUCUUCUACUGAUUCCUGGUUUUCUGCAGUUUCUACUCUCCCACACUGUAAUUGGCUUUUGUUCUAUGAAGAUGGUGGAUGAUACUUUCUUUUUCUAUGUAUGCAGGAUUCUGCUGGUACGAGAGGCCUUCCUGUUUCAGUUUUCAAAUUGCCUGCCAUAUUGGCAUUCCAUACCCUCUUGCCAUCUCACUGUUGCUGCUUUGGCUUGUUGUCAUGCUUUGACUUCCUCCGUCUCCUCACAUGCACAUCUUCUGGGUUACCUCAACUCGAGGUUCCCCACUUCUGUGUGCACAUUGAGCAUUCUGCACACAGUUCAGACAGAAGUCACAAAAAGGCCUUCAACUCACCAAAGGGAACCAUCUGUAUCUAUUAGGACAUUUUAUACAUAGACCUCAGUUGAUAUUAUACUUAGC